AUGCACUUGCUCUGUCUUCCGCCCGAGAUCCUGCUCGAGAUCGUGGGCCAGUUCGACUCGGUGUUGACGCUGCUUGCGUUUGCGAACCUUUGUCGAUCGACCUACUUGUUCAUGCACGAGGCUUCGGAACAGAUUUACCGCCAACUGUGCUUCAAGAUUGGCUAUACGGAUGUCACCAGCUAUGGCGCAUCGAGCGCGAUCGACACGCAAUGGCGAGGCGGUUGGCGCAUGUCGCACCGUGACCCCGGACUCGAAUUGCGCGAAGCGCUCGGGAGACAGAACAGUCGACGAAAGCCCAUUUACCUUGACUGCGUGAGACGGUGGGAGCGGUUCGGUAAGAUUUACACUGGGCCAAAAAGGAGUGCACCCGGGGAGUGUUGUCUACUGACACGCGCGAAACGUGGUUUUGCCGCUUCAGCCAAGAUGCGAUUCUUUCUCGAUCGCUCCUGGCGGCUGGGCGAACUCAUGCUCACCUCGACGAAGAUCGAGAAUGGUGGACCACCCGGCGGCAUCCAUCGCUUCAAAGUCGACCCGGAUUCGGGAAUCUACUUGACCACUGGUGUGGAUUGUAGGAGUCUCCUCUUGCUCAUGGGGAUAUCGUCUUUCCAGCAUUGAUCGCCGCAAUCUUAGCCUUGAUGCAGCCGGCAUCGGCGCCUUUCGCGACAACGGGGUCGCGGAAUGGCUCUGCAGUGAACCCACUACGAUGUACGCUCACAUCGAAUUCAGGUACGUUUCCUUCUCGUUUCAAGUACGUCUGGAACUGUGCUUAUAGCAUCACCCGUCCUCGCGAGUUGACUGUUUGUGGGAUAGCCAAGGAUACAUCGGGUGCAUGGCGGGCGAGCAGCACAUCAUCUGGCGACGCAGCGACAUCUCGACACCCAAAGCCCCCAUUUCUCAAGCCCGCGCGAAGUUCCUCGAAUCUCGUUCAAUUAAGAUCGGGGGACCCAGUGGUCGCGAGUUUCGACCGUUCGCCGAGAUUGCGGCGCCAGGCUCUUUAAACGCCACCAAGAUGCGUGACCCCUAUUUUAUUGGCUCGUCUAAUCAACGCCGUGCGCUCUAUCGUUUCGAUUACCAUCGUGGCACAAUGUCCACCUUGGACCUCUCGCGCCUUUGGCAAACCACGGGAGAGAACGCUUUGGCGGACAGUACGAUCACUUACGUCGAGAUCCUCGAUCGAGAUCAUGUCGUUGUCGCGGGCAGGAAGUCCAUUUCGAUUUGGCACCCGGACCGUGGCUGUGUCGCUCUGUUCCCCCCAGCCGCACCCGCUUCACGCGUCACCAUUGCUCGCGCACACUACCGAUCUAACGCCAAGGCGCCCACUUGGACCGCGGUUCAUCACGAUCUCCGACACGGUCACCUGAUCGCAACCAGCAUGGGAGAACGAGGUGUGACAGGGUCCGGGAAAUUAAUCUGGAUCCCCAAAUGGAAGACGCUCAUCAACGGCAGCCCUAGCGAAGUGGAAGAUACCACAGUAGUGCUGACCACGGUAUGCAAAAACUCGCAAUUGGUUCAUUUAACCAGCGAGCUGACGAGAAGUCUACGUCUCCUUCCUAGAACGCCGCGAUCAUCCAGUUGUCGGUGGAGAACGAACGGGCCUUGUUCGUCACCCAAGACUUCUCAACCAACAUUUGUGCGCUCUGGCUGCUUCACCUUCGUCCGUUUACGUCGAUUGAAGACUUUAAAGAAAACCCUCCUGUGCUGGUCCGUCCGGUUCCCUCUCGACUCUGCCCUCCAUUGAAAGAUCCUGACAGCAUGGUACGCCCGCCGCUAGAUGUGUCUGCUGUUCCCCCUGCCGUGUACGCAGCCCCCCGCCCGCAUCGAGAUGACGAUCGAUGAGAUCAUGUUCCCGAGCUGCUCCGAGUUCAUGCCCCCUCCGGGUAGAGAGGCGAGGGAGGACGACUUGUCGAGCUGGUAUCAACGCAUUUUGAACCUCGCCAGAGGACUCAAACCUGUCGACAUGAGGUGGGAGACGCUGAGCGCCGAGACGCUGUGGAAGGACUCUGGCAAACCCAACCCCGCCUUAGGAUCUCCAUCAAACGACCGGGAAGCGCUGCGAGAGGUCGAGAAGCAAUGGGCGUCCAUCUUGGCGGAGGCUGAUGGCACAGUGGACAGCAUGUGUUCGCUUUUGUUCGGGACAGAUUUUUGGGCGUUGUGCCAGUGA